GAGUUCAGCACACAGCGUAGGAGUUCAGAUAUAGGUUUGAGCCAGGGUCCAGCACCUAAACAGGUAGAUAAGUUACGUAGACAGUCCGAUGCUGGUUCCUCUUUCACUACACCACAAGGAGAGGGAAUAAGGAAAGAAUCUAGAUCAGACAGACAUAAAAGGCGUUUACAAGAUAUAGUUGACCGUGUAUUAAUGGACAAUGGUGUCAGUAAGACAGAUCCUAUAUACAAGUCAUGUUCUGCUAGACUUUUCAAGGUCACCAAACUCUUUGUCAUGGAUUUACCAAAUUCCAGGAAUCUUAAAGAUGAAAUGCAAAAGAUUGCAGAAAAUCAGGUUAAACAGGUCAUUGAGGUAGACCGUAGCAGACAAGAUACUGCCCAGAAACGAAGACAUAAAAAAUCUGUUUAAUGUAUAGCAAGAGUCAUCAAUUAUUUAUUUGACAUUUUGACUCCGCAAUUUUUCAUUUGACAUUUUUAAAUCAACGUUUCCUUGUCGAGGGAGAAAUAUUGUAAAAACUAUAUUAGAUAUUGGCAUAGAUGUUUUAUCAUAUUUAUCAUAAUGAAAUGUGAAAUUUUUACAGCGGAAUUAACCUUGAAUACCAGUCCCCUGUUGUACUGUACGAGUCAAGGACGUUUUUUCUUAUAUGAAUGAAAUUAUUUUUACUGAAAAUAGAAGGAAAUUAUUUAUACUGAAAAUAGAAUGAAAUUAUUUAUACUGAAAAAAGAAUGAAAUAAUUUAUACUGAAAAUAGAAUGAAAU